GGCAUCAACUGUCAUUUGAAAUCCUUUAAAACGAGGCUUUGCUUUCUUUUUUAUAGAAAGUGUUUCAUUUCCACAAAAGUUGUACACCUGAUAAUGGCAUUCAAUCAAAAAUACGUGUACGCUUAUAUAUGUGCGACAAGUAUUAUUGCUAUUUUGAUAUUAAUCUACGGAAGUAUUCCGAAACCUUUAUCAGAAUCGAAAUUUGCGGAUAAAAAUGAUUUUCCAACCACUAUUGAUAAUGUAAGAAUAACGCCACAAAAAUUUUACCACUCACAUGUUGAGAACCUUAUCCUUUUCGUAAUCGACGGAUUUGGAAUAGAAGAUUUAGAAGAUUCGAAUUUCGAUUAUGUUACAAAGCUCAUAAAACGAGGGGAUGCUUGUUUUCUAACUUAUCAAACUCAACCAGUUUCGACCACCCUACAAAAAAUUAAAACUUUAUCGAGUGGAAGUUUGUCUGGAUUUGCCGAAUCUCUUUUGAGAUUAGGCGGUAAUAAGUUUUCAGUUGAUAACAUUUUUCACUUAGCCAAAGGAGAAAAUAUAAGAAUUUCAUUUCAUGGUUUGAAUUCCUGGCAUGAAUUAUUCCCCGAUUACAUCAACGUUGACACACUAAACAAUAUUAAAAAUUCUCGUGAAAAUUUCACUAUGGAAACCAAAAAUGCUCUAAUCUCGGAGUUACUGAAAGAUCACUGGGACUGGUUUAUUUUCCAAUAUCAAGUUUCCAAAAAUUCUGAACUUCUAUUUCCAUCUGAAAAAGACUCAAAAAUAGAGAAUCUACGACAUUUGGAUGAAAUUAUCAAAUCCAUUCAUGAGAUUUUAGAGUACACGAUUGAACAUUACACAAUUUUAAUACUGGGAGAUUCUGGCGCUAGAAGUUCGAAAAGUCCAAAUGAGUUAAAAAAAGAUCCUAAUAUAUUAGCACCUUAUAUUAUAAUACAGAGAGAACCCUGUCUAUUUCAUAUUUACAAUUACAACAAAUCUUUAAAGGAAAUUGAUAUAGCGCCUAUGAUAUCGGUUUUAACUGGUUUACCAAUUCCUUCUUCGAGUUAUGGUUCCAUUCACUUGGAUUUACUAUUUGGCUUUACAGUAGAUGAAAAAAUGUAUGUCUCUUAUUAUAACACCAAAAAACUAAUCGACGAAUUAAUAAAAUUGGAAGUCAAAACUUUCACUGAUCUCAUUCGUCCUAUUUUCCAAAAAACUGUUUGUGAACAUGGAUUAUAUUUACAAAGUUUGAAGAAGAACGAAACUUCCUCAACCGAAAUUUUGAAAGAAUAUGAAAAUAUAAUGAAUUCUUUAUCUAAAGAGAUGAACGAUAUUCGAUUACAGCCAAACGUCUCGAUUCAGUUUUUGGCUUUUAUACUUCUAAUCGAGGCAAUCGUAAUUCUUCUUAACACUCCAAAUGAAAACAUAAAGAACCUGAGUCGAAAUAUCAUGAUUGGACUAGGAUUUAAUACAUUUUUAUUAGCCUUUCUUCUAGGAUUAGGAACUUACAAACGAGUAACGUCAUUUAUUUUCAUGUCACAAGAAGAAGGUAUUAUUGUUGCUAUUAUUGUGGCAAUUAUGAUUUGUAAUUCUUUCAUCAUCGCCAAACAGAAAAUGUUUAUUUCUGUUGCUUGCUCUGAUCUGAUCUCAAAAGCGAGAAAAUCCGUUGAAAAAGUCGAAACUCUAUCGUCCAGAGUUGAUGAGCAACCAAGCUGUUCGAAUAAAAGUUCAAUUUUUCUGAUUUUAGUACUCGGAACACUAUUACAAUCACUCAGCUUGCUGGAAUUUAGUUUUGUGAAAUGCGAAAAAUGGACCUGGUUUUUUCUCUGGGCAUCUAUUUGUUUUUGGAUAAUUAUUAAGAAAGUACAAAAAAUACAUCUGGUUGCAUUUUCUACCAAUGAAAACGAUCGAGAAGAGUUUCGGGACUCUGAGAGUCAAAUUUUUAUUUUGAUUUCCAUUUUGAUCAUGCACAGGAUUAUUUUAUCUUACACAGAAAUUGAGCACUGGUUGCAACAUUCAAAUAAUUCGAUUUGGACUUCCUUCUGUUUGUUUUUCGGUCUGAUGAUUCUAGCCUUUGUCUGUAACAUUUUCUAUGAGCCAUUUUCGAGUAAAUUAGAAAAAGCUAUAAUUUGUGCUCUACUAACAUUUACGACCUGCGCAAUUUUCGCAUCAAAAGUUGCUGAAGGCAAAGCAACUUUUUUUUAUUAUCCACUCUCGAGUGGAAAAAUAGAAUCGAUUCUUUUCUGGAUUGGAUACACUUUUGGAUUUGUAUACGGUCUCGUGAUAUCAACAAUGAAAACCUGUUUUAAUGGAAAAUCGGGUGCGAAAGAAUUACUGGCUUCUGGAAUUACCUGCUGCACAAUGCUUAUGGCUUCACAAACUACCACCCCUCACGUUAUUUUAAUUUCGAUGCAAAUUCUAUACAGUAUGGCAUUAACAGACGUCCUGCAAAAUUAUUAUCGCAGUUAUAUUUUAUCCCACGUUUGGCUUGGGCAUUUAUUCUUUCAUUACCAACAGAAUUACGUCCUCAGUCUGGAUAAUAUGGAACUAACAAUCGGAACUUUGUCAUCUCUCGAUUAUUAUUCCGUCCUAAGUGGAUUGUUAAAAAUCCUGAACAUAUUUUCUGCACCGAUUUUAUCUUAUCUCCUCUGCAUUCAUGGUUUGCUGAAUAAUAACUCAAAAACGAGAGCUUCAGAAAACGUCUCAAGAAUAAACAAAACCUACACGUGUUGCCAACUCAUGCUAAUUAUUACUUAUGCCUUGGGAAUGAUGUUUCGCUCUCAAAACGAUUGGUCCUGGAAUGUUCUUUUCCUGAAAUUUCUCUACGAAGUAGUGAAAGCAGAUUUAUUAAUUAUAAUAUCAUUAGGCGUUCAAGCUGUUACUAGUUUACACGAUAUAAUUUUAGGACCUUCGCUAUCACCUGGCAAUGUGUGACGUCCUCAAAUUAUUGAAAACUUCCCAUA